UGGUGUUAAAAUUCAGCCGACAGGCUGUGGGGCCACCAUGAGCCUCCCAGGAAGCUUCUGGGCACAGAUUCCGCAAGUGCGUGGGACACUGCUGGGGGAAUGUGAAAUUCUAUUUGUUGAUGUUUUGCUGAUGGUGCUGGAAAACAAACGUCUAAGGUGUCACUGCGGAAUCGUAUGUCAGAAUUCGAUGAGGCUGGAAACUGGAUGGGCCACAAAGUAGGGGUUUCCUUCUGCUCAAAACAUUCCAUAAUGCCUGGACUCACGUGGAUAGAUCCCGUGUCAUUCGGAGGAUUCAGACCAUAGGCAUGGUACUGAUUUGGGGUACGGUCCUGCAUGGCUUUGUUUUUACAGACCUGCACCUGACCUGGACCCCCACUUCCUGAUCCAACUCAAACUCACUCUUCCUUGUUGCGUCUGGUAUAUUUUCCUACCUGAACCCGCCUGAAGAAAUUGCAUCCUAAACCUGUCCCGCUCCCUGCCAAACGUGUCUGUAGAUAGCAAGCGAUGCCAGUAUUUCGGAGCAGGACAGAAUAAGGACCAGAAGUGAUAGCAGAGGAUUAAGUGUCCUCUGGUGACACGAAACACACCAAUUUGAUUUGAUAUGAAAUUGGAAAUGAUGGAUCUCGAGUCUGCAUACUCUGAAUUCAUAUCCUGCGACCGAACCGGCAGAAGGAACGCCGUCCCGGACCUCAAAGGGGAAGAAGGCAAAGGCCAAAUAGGGGAGUUGUCGGAGAACAUGGGGGAGCUGGCCAUUCAGGGGGCAGAGAACAAAGAAGGGGCAACAUCUUCAGACAGUGGGCAAGUGCAAACUCCAGAAGCACAAGAUGGAAGCUCGCCAUCGUGAGCUCUAUAUGUCUCGCCAACCUCUACAUGAACUAUUUUUUUUUUUUUUUUUU